ACAAGUAAAUUCUCCUUCCCUUGUCUGGUCCGCGUGGCCCCACCCCCUGCAGCGCUGGUCUCUCUCGAUCUAGCAGCUUCAGCGCGCUCAUACCAUUCUUCAUUCCUCACAUACUUUCGGAACGUCUGCUGGAACGCGAAAAAUCUUCACUGAAAAGCAUCUUUUCAGCCAGAAUUCCACUCGCCACAUUAAGUACCCGUGCCUUGGACACAGACAUCAAUUGCAAUCAGGUCUCGUCGUCGCCCCUCCAAUUUGACUUUCACCCCCGACAGUGACGGUCUAUCCUGCCACCAUACCUGCCUCAAUAGAGAUGUCCGACAGUUGGCCCCCUUCUCAGGUGCCCCCUGCCCCCCAGACCCCCACCGGGGGGACGCAGCCAGGGGGGCAGACCACGCCCGGCUCGCCCACCGACGAUGAAUUGGGCAACGAUGCAGAGGGCGUGUGGAGCCCCGACAUCGAGCAAAGCUUCCAGGAGGCCCUGGCUAUAUAUCCACCGUGUGGACGCAGGAAAAUUAUUCUAUCAGAUGAAGGCAAAAUGUAUGGUCGUAAUGAACUCAUCGCAAGGUACAUCAAACUCAGAACGGGGAAGACGAGAACAAGAAAACAGGUGUCAAGUCAUAUUCAGGUGUUAGCAAGAAGAAAAGCAAGGGAACUCCAAGCACUAUGUAAGGUUUCGAGUCAUAUACAGGUUCUUGCCAAGAGAACUGCUCGAGAAAUCACGAAGACCUUCAAGGUAGGUACCCAGCAGGAUCAAGCGACAAAAGACAAGGCCUUACAGAGCAUGGCAGCGAUGUCAUCAGCGCAGAUCGUCUCGGCCACUGCCUUACAGAACAAAUGCCGCCAUGGGCCUUGGGGUUUAGGGUUACCGGGCGCAGCCCCUCUCAGACCGCCCUACCCAGGAACACCGUUUUUGAGGAGAUGGGAGCUAGAGGGACAAAAUCAGUUAGAAUUAAAGCAAUUAUGGCAGCCCGGGCUCACACAAGCAGGACCAUCUCAUGACCCUUCCAUUCUCUACCCCAGCAUCAAACCAUUCACAUCAGCCCAGCCUUACCCUCCGACGGCGACGACGGUCAGCGAGUACGCGUCGGCCACACCCGCGUGGGAAGGAAGGUCAAUCGGCAUGAGGAAGCUACGGCUCGUCGAGUUCCAAGCCUUCAUCGAGAGGACGAGAGAACCCGACAGCUAUAACAAGCAUUUCUUUGUUCAUCUCGGUCCUAACGUCAGCUUCUACGACCCCCUCCUAGAGGCAGUCGAUGUGAGGCAAAUAUACGACAAGUUUCCUGAGAAGAAAGGCGGGUUAAAAGACCUCUAUGAGAAAGGGCCUGCUGAAGCUUUCUUCCUUGUCAAAUUCUGGGCGGACCUCAACACGAAUAUGUCAGAUGAAACAGAUGUCUUCUAUGGAGUCACAAGCCAUUACGAAAGUGAAGAGAAAAUGACAAUCACGUGUUCAACCAAAGUCUGUUCGUUUGGCAAACAAGUCGUAGAAAAAGUAGAGACGGAGUACGGGAGGUAUGAGAACGGUCACUUCAUCUAUGAGAUCUCGCGGUCGCCCAUGUGUGAAUACAUGAUCAACUUCAUCCACAAACUCAAGCAUCUCCCAGAGAAGUACAUGAUGAACAGUGUUCUAGAGAACUUCACAAUUCUACAGGUCGUCACGAACAGAGACACGCACGAGACGUUACUAUGCAUCGCCUUUGUCUUUGAAGUGUGUACAAGUGAACACGGGCCGCAACAUCACAUUUACAGACUUGUCAAAGACUAGCACACUUUUAUUGGAUAAAGACUCGGGAGAAGACUAGCUUUAUACUUUUGUUUCCCACCUGUGCAAGAACUGCCAAUUCUUGAAUUUUUCUCUUCUCGUUUUUAUCGUCUUUUCAACGUUUUUUAUCGCUGCUGGGGAGGAUUGUGAUCUCAAUGAUAAUGUAUCAUUUCUUUUCUUGUGAAGUUUUGUGUGGGAUAACUGUGAUGAAUGGAGCAUGAGGCAUACUGGAGAGUGGAUGAUCGCUUGGAAAGAAACAUCAUUGAAAGCUUCAAAGGGGUGUGUUCUUAGCACUUUUCCGUCAAUGCAGCAGUGUUCAGACCAGGAGAAUGAUGGAUGAGUAGGAAUGAUACAUCAAGCAAAACGUUCUAAGAGUCCACACUACAGCUCAACUUCUGUGCUCCGAUACUCCAAGGUGCUGUGUACUGCCAUCUCUAACUCUACAUGCUUCGUUUCUGUGCUACACGCAAAGUGACAAUGUGAAGCAUCAAGUUCCUCACAGACACAACUUCGCGCUCUUUGAUUGAGUUGUCGAGACAGCCCUGUGCCCCGUUAGUGCCCUUCUGCGUUGCAACAUACUGUGGAGCUAUUAUCCAAAUAGCCAUUGAGGCCUUUUAUGCCUUUUCGCGACCUAUUCUGCUUCAGUGAGAACAGGGCAGCAUUUCACCAAGCGUCAUAAGUUCACUGUCGACCAUUGAAACACCUGUAUUAAAUUUAACUCGUGUUUCGAUAGGAUCGUGAAACAAUGCCGUGGAGCCUACAAGACGCUUCUCUUGAACUCUUCAAAAAGAUGUGGUCUCCUUCAUCGUUCAACAUUCUAGAUAUUUAAUGGGGGUCAUUUCUGAGGCAAAGGAUUGUUAAACAAUGCAAGGGCAUUUUUUUCGUACGUGGAGCCUUAUCGUUUAAAACUAAGCAAUGUAUUCUUUGAAACUGUUUACCUGUGUGUACUUUCAGACAACAUCACAACCUAACCCAUUGAGAUGAGCAGUGCCCUGUGUCAUCAAACUUGUUAUCGAUAACAAAUGCUGAGAUUCUACGACAAAUUUGCUCUCGGCCAAUCAAAUGCCACGAUUUCAGUAGCUUAUAACAGUUUUUGCAACUUGUUAUUGAUGACAAGUUUUGUGAAACAGGGCCGUGAUGUGGGUUCAACACACAUUUUCAACAUACCCCAGCCCUAAUUAAGAACGGCUUUGUAUUCAGAGUUUACAGUCACAAACGCAUUUUACAAGGGUUUAAUCAGAGGUAAUAAUUUCUUUGAUUAUUAAUAGCAACAUAGAUGGUCACAAAAUGGCGUGUUGCCAUGUAGGGUCAGAGAAAUCCGUGGUUAUUAUUACAAAAUCAAGUGAUUAUAAAGCGUACAGCUAGUAUUCAUUAUUCCGUGCCAUUUCAGGUUGUAUCUUUGUAAGAAAAAAAAAUCUGAAAGGGCAGUUUUCAUUCUCAUUUAGACUUCAUGGGGAAGUGAAUUAUAUGAGGAGAGUGAAUGAAAGUUGUCCGCAGAACCGUAUUUAUUUAUAAAACUAUUAUCAACACUCAUGAAACGUCAUUGAAAACGUCACUUUACAAAAGAAACGUCAUUGAAAACGUCACUCUAGGAGAGAAACGUCAUUGAAAACGUCACUCUAGGAGAGAAACGUCAUUGAAAACAUCAAAGAAGUCUGUUCAGGGACAGAAAUAGAGAGAGGUGGGGUAAUAUAUGUCUUAACAACUUUCAAGCAUUUGCAAAGUGGACUGUCUCUAUUUAAACAAAACAUGUGUUUUAAGUUUCCUUUAUUGAAAUGCAUUAAUAAAACAUCUUCAAUAACUCUUUCUCUCCCCCCCCCCUCUCUCCCCCUCUCUCUCUCUCUCUCUCUCUCUCUUUCUCCAUCAAUGAUUAUAAAAGAAAUUUUACCAAAAAUAUCCUCAUUUUAUUUUCUUUAGCCCUCAAGCAAAGUGCCUUUUAUUGAUCUACUGUUGACAGUAUUAUCCCGAAUGAGGCAUUGUCUUUUUUUUAUAGGAAAAAAAAAUGAUUUUGAUUCAUCUUGAUAGGUUUUCUUUUAUUUGUCCCCCCUUUUUAUAUGCCUUUUGAAUGCAGUUUUUACAGCACAUACACACAAGUUUGCUGCAUUGUGUGUUCAUUACUCACUCAUUGAUCUGGUUCAUUUAUUUUAUAUAUCAUUAUCGAGAUAAUUCUAGAUCAAUAUCAAGAUAUUUCUAGAUCAAUAUCGAGAUAUUUCUAGAUCAAUAUCGAGAUAUUUCUAGAUCAAUAUCGAGAUAUUUCUAGAUAUAUAUUGUAUAGGGACACGUCACUCGGUGCAAAUGACAUAUCACGUAGAAAUAUUCUAUGCCGCUAAAGUAAAAGUACCCCUAAACUACAAUUUGGGUUUAUAUGAAAAAGAAUGCUGAGCUCCUAACUAAAAAUAUCUUGGGAAUCGAUAUUGAUUCUCUUAUACCUCAUUAAUUACGGAUACAAAUAAUUUGAAUUCAAUCUGACCAAGUCUUAUUAAUUUAUCGCAAAAAAUCAUGCCUUACAUGGUAAAUUCGGUUCAGUAUCAAUCACUACAAAAAUCAGAUUUAUUUUGAUAUUAUAAUGUUGACUAAUUAUUUUCUUGAUUAAAUUAUUUAAUUGAUAUGAUGCAAUGCAAAUGCUAAUAUAUAUUUCUAUGAGAAAUUAAAUCGAUCUAUCCUUUAAUAUCUUAGUGUGGUUUCUAGAUGUGCCUUGAUAUUAAACAUAAUGGUUUAUGGUUACUAGGGCCAAAAUAUGAAAAUACAAAAAUUUACAAGGAAUCACUGUUGGUCAGAAAGACAUGAUACACACAUCUGUUGAAAAGCCAUUUUUACCAAAUAUAGCCAGCAUAUACUAGAACUGCAGGUUAUGAAUUGUUGUUGUUGGAAUUAUGACCUUUUUAAGUUCAAAGGUCGAUGUGGAUUCUUAAUGAGUUUUCAAGGGCCAGUCAGUUCUCCCAAGUAUUUUUCUAUAACCAAAAUUAUUCUCUUAAGAAAUUAUCUCUCUCCCGAUCCCCGACACCUAUCUAGGGUUUUAAAAGAUUAAAUUGCUGACCAAUUCUCCCAAGCAACAUGUUUAUUUUCUACUACCAAAAUAAUUUUCUCUCUCAUUUUUUAUACACCAUAACUAUGCCUGUUGAUGUUUUAUAUUGUUUAACUUUUACAUCACAGAAAUGCCAAAGCUAACUUUUAUAGUUGUACUUAAGCCAAAUAAGAAUGCGACGGUGUUCUGACUUUUUUUUUUGGUUGCUCUUUGGCCUUUGUAAUAAGGAGCUUUUAUUGACGGGUUCGUACAAGGGAAAGUAGUGUCUUUGCAGAAACAUUUUUGAUACAAAAAACUGGUGAAAAAGGUAUAGAGUUGUGAAUACAGAGGACUAUUUCUACGUUUUUCUCACAUUUUUACUAUUUUGUCCUGUUUGCUCUUUAUGCGUUUUUUCUUACAAAGAGGUGAUGUCGUAAAGUUUGUUUAUGUUUUUGUACAAAGAAUACUAUUCCAUAUUUACUAUUUAUUGUUGUUUGUGUGUACGGUAUCUUCAAAUGAAACAAAAAAUGCUGUCUUACUCUUUAGUCAUUUCUUCGUUUUGGACCUGUGACGUAAAAAAAAGAUAUGUCAUAUAGACUGAUGAUAUAGAUGAUUGAAAGCAUGUCCCAAAUAAAAGUCAUAAUAAGAAUGA